GAAUCAUAACAUGGCGGAAGUUGUUUAUAACUUUCUAACUGCUCCACUUCAUACAAAACUUGACGAACCGAGGGCGUAAAAUACCAAAAUGGAGAGUAGUCGGGCCUGAUAUUGUUUGGAAGUAUAUGGAAUAGAUGAGGUCAUUUGAAAAUUGUCAGUAGCUGUUUUUGCUACAUUGUAGCUGCCUCUUGAGAUUUAUAACUUAUUUUUACCAAAAUGCCUCCAUCAUCGGGAGAGUUGUGGGGGCUUCAUUUGAUGCCCCCUCGGGUUGCCGUUGACUGUCUCUUACCAACUGGCAUCCUGAUCACCCUGGAAUGUCUACGAGAAGCGACUCUUGCAAGUAUAAAAAUCCAUCUAUUCAAAGAAGCCAAGAAGUAUCCACUUGCCAGGCUGUUACAAGAAGAGACAGCGUAUAUUUUUGUCAGUAUAACACAAGAUGCAGAACAGGAAGAAUUUUAUGACGAAACAAGAAGGUUGUGUGAAUUAAGGCUCUUCCAACCUUUAUUGAAAGUUAUAGAACCGGAAGGUAAUAGAGAAGAAAAGAUGGUCAACUAUGAUAUAACAAUGGCUUUGGGUAUGUCUGUGAACGACUUUGAUUCUGUCAAAGAUCUUGAAGUGGUGGACUUCCGACGUAAUAUUUUGUACAUGUGCAAGGAAGUGAUUGAAAAUAGGGAAGCAGGAGGAAUGGAAACCCAGUCUUUGCAUGUCUACCCACCUAGUGUGGAAUCUUCCAGCGAACUACCAGAUCAUAUUGCAAGUAAAUUAGAUAAUGGAUGUGUAAUUAUUUGCAUAUGGGUCAUUUCUGCCGCUGGAGAUAAACAAAAAUACACAGUAAAAAUAACCCACGAUGCAAUGCCAAUUGAUCUGAUAGCCGAGACGAUACGUAAGAAGACACGUAGUAUGGACUUGACCCCGACGCAACAACAGAGGUGUGUGGAAGAAUAUAAAGGAACAUAUGUUUUAAAAGUAUGCGGAUGUGGAGAAUAUCUUCUUGGCAAUUAUCCAAUCACACAGUAUAAGUUUCUCCAGCAAUGCAUAAUAAAAGGCACACUCCCCCAGUUGAUGUUAAUGUCUAAAGAAUCAGUUUACAAUACAAUACCUAAAAAUGAAUUUGUGAUGCCAUCUUAUUCACGUCGUCAUGGUGGUACUGUCGAUGCAAAUAUAAUAUCCCUAUGGGAAGUAGAAGUUUUUCUAAGAAUUCGAAUAAUUUGUGCAACUUACGUCAAUGCAAAGGAGUUCGAUAAGAUACAUGUACAUAGUGGCAUUUACCAUGGCAACGAAUCACUUUGUGAAUGCGUCAAUACCAAACAAGUACCCUGUUCUACACCAUUAUGGAAUGAAUGGCUUACCUAUAAUUUACGUGUACAAGAUAUUCCUCGGAAUGCACGCUUGUGUCUUUCUAUUUGUUCUACAUCACGACGGAAAGCACGGAAAGAGGAGAAGGUUGCUUUGGCGUGGGGUAAUGUGAACUUGUUUGAUUACCUCAACCGCUUACAAUCUGGAAACAUGAGUUUGUAUCUUUGGCCGGUACCACAAGAAGCAGAUGGUAUUCUGUUUCCAUUUCGUCGUACUGGAUCAAAUCCGGACAUGGAUAUGCCGUGCCUAGAGCUGGAAUUUGAUAGACUCGCUACAAACCCUGUCACAUUCCCGUCAUACACCGAAAUUCAAGGUCUUGUCAGAGAAAUCAUGGACACUGAUUCUUGUGCUGUACCAACAGAUAAAGAUGUGGAAAGACUUGAUAUAGUCAUAACAAAAGACCCCUUAUCUACAUUAGAAAUGACAUUACAAGAUAAGGAGUUACUAUGGAAACACAG